AUGGCAGGAGGCACAAGCAUUUGGGUGAGCAAGGAUGCCAAAUCAGAUCCGAAACAGAUAUUCAAUCUUCGGCUCCUCUUCUUGGUCAUUACCCUCUCCUGGGCGGGCUGUUUCUAUGGCUUUGAUACCGGGAACAUCGGUGGCAUCCUGACGCUGUCAUCGUUCCAAAAAGCCUUUGGCUUGAAUGAUAUCCCACAAGCUGAACUUGACAAUCGCAAGGGAACCAUCACCGCAAUGGUCGCCGCAGGUGGCUCAGCCGGAGCGCUCCUCGCAGCCCCAACCUCUGAUUUCCUUGGCCGUAAAUGGUCCGUAUUCCUCUGGGGCUUGAUCUUUGUGGUUGGUGCUGCUCUGCAAAUGAUAGCCAACUACGACGUCCUGCUUGCUGGACGCUUUAUUGGCGGUUUGGGUGUCGGAGCCAGUUCGAUGCUUAGUCCACAGUUUCUCGCUGAAAGCUCCCCUAAAUCUAUCCGAGGCUCGGUGACGGCAUCCUACAAUCUAUUGAUUAUCCUGUCGCUUAUGCUUGCUUUCUGGGUCAACUAUGGUGUCUCGCUCUGGCCGACCGACAGCGGCGAUAGACAGUGGCGGACCGCCAUGGGCAUUCAGCUGAUUCCUGGAGUAUUGAUGUGUCUGACAAUCCCGUUCGUCCCAGAGACAUCUCGUUAUCUGAUCAAUCACGGCAAAUCAGAAAAGGGACUGGAGACUAUCUGCAAACUUCGAAAACUCCCUGCCGAUCAUCCAUAUGUACAGAUUGAGUACCAGGAGAUCGAGGCGCAGGUGAGGUUUGAACAAGAGUGCUAUCAGGGACACAGCUAUUGGGUUGUGAUCAAGGAUAUUUUUCUGAUCAAGAGCAACUUGCAACGCUUAAUUUUGGCCGUCAUGCUAUUUGUCUUCCACAAGUUCACAGGAACCGACUCUCUUAACUACUAUGCACCGGAAAUCUUCGCCCUCAUUGGCGUCAACGGCAACAAUUCGACCUUGUUAGAUACGGGUGUUUAUGGUGUGGUCAAGCUGGUCACAACCAUCUUCUAUGUUGCAUAUCUCGUUGACCGAAUCGGCCGGCGUCGUCCGUUGAUCGUGGGCGCACUUUUGCAGGCAACUGCAAUGCUUUAUCUCGCUUUGUACCUCCGCUUCUCCCCGACUACUAGUGAUAGCGUUGGUGGUACGUCUGCUGGAGGUAUUGUCGGAAUCGUAUGGAUAUACAUCUAUGCGUUUGGCUGGUCCUUUGGUCAUAGUGUUGCUUGUUACGUGGUUGCGGCGGAAAUUUUCCCAACCAGAAUUCGUUCUGUUUGUAUGGCAUUCUGUUUCUUCAUCAAUUGGAUCGUUGACUACGGCAUCACUAGAGCUACACCCAACAUGAUCACCGAAAUGGGCUGGGGCGUAUUCCUGUUGUAUGCCAUGCUCACCUACACUGGCGUCGUUUUCAUCUACUUUUGUCUGCCGGAGAUGAAGGGCCGCUCCAUUGAGAGUAUGGACGAUCUGUUCCAGCGGCCGUUGUGGACCAUGUGGAAGCAUGCAUACCCAACCAAGGAAGAAACCGUCAGGGCGGGUGUUAUUACAGAUAAGCUACAGGAUGAUGAGGAGAAUGAGGUUAGUAACAAUAAGGACCACUCACAGGUGGCUCAUGUUGAAUCUGCGUAA